AUGCAACCCAAUGGCUUGGUCUCAGCUCGGGACGACCUUCCUCCUGUGCAUGUCUCAAAGCGCGCUGAUCCGCCUCCGCCCGACCAGCGCACCCCCGUAAGUAUCGGCGAGGUCGUGCGCGAGAAAGUCGACGAGACGCUGUACACCGAGGGCCUCAAGACAUGCAUCGCCGUGGUCGUCAUCGGCGAGAAGAACGUCGACAAGGCGUCAUGGGACAAGAUCAUGGCGCACAUCUCGUCCAACCUCUGCCAGGAUGGCGACAUCCCCGAUCUGGACACUCAGCUCAACGACCUCUUCGAGUUGGACACCGAUACCAAGUACAUCGUCAACCGCAAGGCGUAUGUCCUUACGGCCCCAGAUGGCAACAAUGCCGCGCAGGCGGCUUUCAACAAUUAUGUCCUGCAGAAGGCACAGGCCCAUUGGGGCAAUGACCGGGUACAGAGAAUCGAUCGCGACCAGACUCACGUCGACGAGCCGGGCGGCUCGCGCUUAUGGACGGAUGGUAGUAGAAAUACCUACUGGGGUAAAAACGGGGAUUUGAUUGCACCAGCGAUCUGA